AGACUCUUAUCUGUAAUCAAAGCGAUGACAUCUCAGCAAACGUCGUCGUCUGUUGAUGACGCGCGCGGGGUUUUCCGGGUGCGACGGUUUGAGAUGUAGGCUAGCAGGCUAACCGAGAGUAACGUCAAAACACAGAUACUACAGAAGAGUCAGAGGGCGGGAAGCGAACAUGAAGGAGGUAAACGAUUCAUUUUACAAGGGGUGUUUCUGAAAGUGAAGUCGCCGUGAUCUACAUAGAUUGAUAUAGCUAAAAAUAUAAUGUCAACAACGCGGCCCCUCCUCGGGAUGAAGCGAAUCACCGAGGUAACCUGCACAGAGCCGCCGGGAGGCAGGCAGUCCCCGACCGCCAGCAGAACGCAGUCCGAGCCGCUCACCGUAGACGAGUUCACGGUACACGAGGACAAGCAAGCAGAGCUCAGAUGCAGCAAACCGAAGGUCGAACAGGUUUUCCAAGUGACAUUCACCAUUAUUGGGCUCUUGGAUCACACAGGAGCCCACGGAAGUAAGGCUUCCAGACAGAUCUGGCUCCAGCUGAAGGGAAAAAAGGAGGAUGUGUCUAAAGCGAAGGAGUAUGUGAAAGGCCUGUGUGACCCAGAGCUUCAGAAGGAGGAAUGGUACCCGGUGGACAUGCACUGCAUUUUUGCUGGUGCUCGUGGACUCUUUUUAGACCGGCUGCUUAGAGACACAAGUGCAGAGGUCCAAGUACUGGAGCCGGGUCGUCUGAGGUUGAGCGGGUGCGCGGAGGCCGUCGUUAUGGCUCAAAGUCGUGUUCAACAGUUUGUCGCUCUCUUUCAGGAGAAGCGAAGCUUGCCAGCUGAUAGAGAGCCCUUGGUUAAGCGCACCUUUAAGAAUUUUGUGGAGGACCGGGCUGAUAAAUAUGCCAUGGAGCUGCUUUUGCUCCCCAGUGCCCUCAAAGAGGAACUUUUGGGCUUGGCCCAAAGCCCCACACAGCCUAUAGCUAUCAUAGACCUUGAGCAGGACCGCUCCCAGACUAGUACACCCGUAACAGACCUCUCCAACCGUAUCCUGGACACCACUUUUGAGGAUAAAACCGCAGCUCCUGCGACCACUCCUGAUGUUAUGCCCGGUCUAAACGGUCGGCCUUGCAACAAGCGUCGGUCCUCUGAAAGCGAGCAGAGGGACACUAAGAGGCAAUACUCAUUAGAGAGGAGAGAAGAGGAGCAGUUGGAAGAGCGACAGCGAGAGCCAAGCCAAACUUGGACAGUUACAUCUGCGAAAGGGACACUAGCAGCUAGUGAAUCGAUAAAUGAAAGUGAGGCAGUGAGUCCUGAGACUAACUUGCGCUGUCUUGUUAACUUCUUCCGAACCAUGGGCUACCAGCAGGAGGUGGUGGAGCAGGUGGUGCGUGAGACGGGGCAGACAGAGGACACGUUUUUACUUCUGGAACAAAUUGUUGAAGAGACUCAGAAGAGCCAGGGAGCACAGCGCACUUCUCGCACGCCCGACCCAUCCCCCUGUGCAAACACCUCGUCCACCUCUACCUGCGUCAGGCUCAAAGAGAAGGAACGGGCACAGAUGAGAGCUCUCGCAGAGAUCAAGUGCAAAGAAAACAUUAGACCUCCUAGCACUAACGGCAUAGGUCAGAAGAACCAGACAAGCAGUGUGCCACUAGCUUCUACCACUCUUAAAAGAAACAAUGGUGCACAGAAUGAUGUGUGUGAAGUGAUCAUCAUUGAUGACGAUGAUAACGACUUCACAGAGAUAGAGAGGAAGCCCCGAAUGGCUGCACUUGAUUUGAAGUCAGAGUCCCGGUUUGACUACUUGCCCCGUGGUAGCUCUCACACAAUGGUUCCAGUGCGGAUGGAGAGUGUGACCAAUCUCCGCAGCUCCUCUCAAGGCCCUCCUCUCCGGAGCACCGACACACGACCAGGAUGCUCUUACCAGACGCUCCCUGGAAGGGCACCUUUACCUCGCUCUGAGGCACAUAGCACCUCUAAACCAGCACCCCUCACCGGCAUUUCUCGUUUCCAGCAGUCCCUGAGAACCCCCUACCGACUAGUCCUACAAAAUGAACCGGGCUGCCCUGAUCUGCGCCACAUCAUCAUCGAUGGGAGUAAUGUGGCAAUGGCGCAUGGACUCCAUCGAAUCUUUUCUUGUCGUGGGAUCGCCAUCGCUGUAGAGGCCUUCUGGCGCAGAGGCCACAGAGAAAUCACUGUCUUUGUUCCUCAGUGGAGACAGAAAAAGGACCCCAACAUCACUGAACAACACUUUCUGAAUCAGCUGGAAAACCUGCGACUCCUAUCUUUCACCCCGUCUAGAGAAGUGUGUGGACAGAGAAUUUCCUCCCAUGAUGACAGGUUCCUGCUUCAUCUGGCUGAGAAGACAGGAGGGGUCAUUGUCACCAAUGACAACCUGAGGGACUUUGUGAACCAGUCAGAAGCGUGGAGAAGGAUUAUUCAGGAGAGACUCUUACAGUUCACCUUUGUAGAAGAUCACUUUAUGAUCCCAGAUGACCCACUUGGAAAGAAUGGACCUCACCUAGACGAGUUUCUAUUGAAUGACCGUCGAGGUAGUCCCAUAAUGGCCCCACCGAGAACAGACAUUCGGGCAACCCCGUCAGUAUAUGCCUCGGCAGUGCAGUCCACAGCACAUCCCUCUUCCCCUUCCCACUGGCCACACUCCGGACCUCCAGACUGGCACCUUCCUCGACCAUCCCCUUCUCCACCUCCACAGCGGUCGCCCUCAGAAACCACAGAGCUCAAAAGGAAGUUGUACGACAUCUUUCCUGACCAAAAACAACGUAUCGACCGUAUCCUCAGCGACAACCCAUAUAUGAGGGACCUGAAUGCUCUGUCUGGCCUUUUGCUGGGCUGACACACUUUUACACCCAAAACUGCAGUUUCCACCCUCUUGUGCAUGGAGGUCACAGGACUUUUUGUAUUAUUAAAGAAUACCAUGAUUGAAAAGUGCUGCUACAAGCUUUUGUUUGUUCAAGGGACUUUGUUCAAGCAUUUAUUUGUUCCGUCAGCUAAUUUACAUUGUGAUAUCCGGGGCCCUCCGAUUGACUGCAAGCACAAAAAGUUAUAAGUUAUCAAUUGUUUAAGCGCUUUAAAUAUAUGAGAAUGUACAGUCCAAAUGGCAUAUAAUUGAUGUAAAUAUUUGUGAUGAAUAAUCUUCCUUUGCUGUAAGUUAUCCAUUCAGAAAUCUUUAUUCUUAAAAGUGUUCCAGCUACAGAGUUGUUCUGAACUGGCUUUGCUUUAAUUACUGCUGAUGGACAAUUUUGAUUUGCAGUUUUUCAAUAAUUUCUGUUUUUGUAAAUAUUGACAUUAUUGAGCCAAAUGAGUACUAGUUUCCAGUCACUCAAAGUGCCCAACUGAAGUGCCCUAUUAUCUGUUUUCAGGAUAAAAUUGCUCAUUUCCUGUUCACUAAUUUUAGUUCCCGUUAACUUUGGUGAUGGUGACAAAAUGGUGUGCUGUUUCAAGGAAUCCCUGGAGACCCCCGUAUCACCCAAGAGACUGUGUGAAACCGUUAGAUGAUUAAAAAAAAGUUUCCAGAUUACUCAGUGAGCUGGCACGUCCCUUCUUCUGCCCUGUUGUGCAAGUCACCAUCUUUUAAUAGCAAACAGGAAACGAGAGCCGUCAUUGAUGUAAACCUUUGUCCCAGUUACGACCAUCAGAGGGUGCUGUGGGAUUGCUAGCGCUUACCAACCUCAUUGUGUUAAGGAAGACAUGAACAAAAUGCAAUGCAUAGGUGAAAUUCAUUGUUUUCUGUUAGAGCAUCUUAUUCCCACUAAAGUGAAUUUUCACUGUUAUUGUUACUGCAUCAGCCUUUCCCGGUCUCUGAAAUAUGUGUAGCGUUGGAUAUUGUGAGUGAAUUGGAAUUCAAUUUUGGGAAUAAAAAUGCAUAGGCGUUAAACCCACGGAAGCAUCACAGACUCGGCAGGCACUGUGGGUAUCUCACAGUAUGGCUGCUGAAAACCUUUUUCUUUUUCUGGAAGGCAGUUUUAAUAAAGGCCAAUUAUGUGUUUA